AUUUAUAGCUAUUUCGAGCUAAGAUGUCAAAAAGGUUAGCAACUGCGGCUCGCCCAAUGUCCAAAGGGGGAAGAUUAGGGACAACUCUUCAAAGGCCUCCUACAGGGGCAAGGCUGGGAACAGCACGGCCUGGAACAAAGUCUGGUGUUGCUGCUGGUACAGGAGCUCUCUCCAGUUCAGUUCAAGUCGCAGAUAGGCCGAUGACACAACAGGGCUUAUCGGGAGUAAAGACUGGAGCAUUGGGUCCACAGCGUCAGGUUCUGGAUGCCAGCUACUAUUCUGGAAUACUAAGAUCGAAGAUCAAAGAAUUGCAGGAUGAAAUAAAUGUUAUGGAAAAGGAAAGUGGAGCUCUAAAUGCAGAGAAUGCCACUUAUUUAACAUUCGAGAGAAGAGCAGAGACACUGGCUCAGCAACUCAAAGAACGCCAGGGCGAACUAGCAGACUACAACCUGCUCAUAGACAAGAUCAACACAAACACUGAUGUUGAAGAGAUUGCAGAAGACUGCAAGGAAUUGCAAGGACAAAACAACAGAGACAGCAAAGGUGUUGAAAUACUCUUCGGUGAGAAGAGGGAGAAGGAAAAUCAAGUUUCUCAGUUGGAAGCAGAAAUCAGGAAACAGAGGGAAGCUACAAACCAGUUGCUACAAGGGCUAGACUACGAUAGUCAAGCUAAGUACAUGCAAAUGAAGGAGGCUAACUUUGAGUUGCAGCAGAAAGCUGAACAGCUGCAGAGCCAGGUAGACACGUUAGCCAGUAAAGAGGUUACGUUGCAAACGGAGCUAGAAUCUAAUCCUUUGAAGCAGAGAGCCUUUGAAGUAAACUGUAGGAUUAAUGACCUGGUCGAUAAGAGGAGCGGUCUCAAAGAAGAAAUAGCAGAAGAAGCCCAGCUAUCGCCCGAGGAAGAGAAAGCGAAACACCUGACACAAGUAAAGGAAGAUAACAAGGAGAUAUCAGGGUUUGAGAGUAGGAUCCGGGAGUUGAGGGGGAAGAUGGAGCUGUGUCAGGAGGAAAUAGUCAGAUGUGAGGAUAGCAUCCAGGAUCAAGACAGCGAACAGGCGAAGAAGUAUAAGGAGUUGAAGAAAAGGGAAGAGCAAAUAGAGGAUUACCUCGCUAAACACGACACCCUAAUCGCUGAGGAGAAGGAGGCGAAGGGUAUACACGAGGAGAAUGUUGUUAAACUACUGGAGGCGACCUCUACAGGAUUAUCAAGAGCCAAGAUGUUGCCCUCAGUGCGGGACUACAAGGAACUGAAGGAUGAUCUGGAGUUCAAAGCAACAGAGGCUGAUCGGGCUAAGGACACAUUGACCACACUUGAAACUGACAAAACUAAAUUAAGAAGUGAUUUCCAGAAACUUGAGCAGCUGGAAACUAAAAUUAAUACAGAAAUGGUCCAACUUCAAGAUAAGAUCAGUAGGAUGAACGAAGAGCUGGAGGUUUACAGCGACACUAACAAACUGAAGAAGAGUCUAGAUGACAAGAGAGAACUGUUGUUGACGGAGAAGGAGAAGAUUCUUGGCACCAGGGACACCAGCAAGGCUAAUUUGGAGAAGCUUCAGUCUGAGCACGACGCCCUAAAAGUCCUGUUAGAGGAGAACGAGACUCACGUGCAGUUGACUAACCUGGAGAGAAAAUGGCAGCACAUCGAACAAAACAACCAGUUCAUGAAGGACUUCAUAGCUACUAAGAGUCAAGAAUCGGACUAUAUUCCCCUUAGAAAGGAGGUAAAGGAGAAGAUAAACAACAUCAACAUACUAUUACAACAAGCUUUAGCUGCAGCUGCAACUCAAUAAAACUAACAGCUACACACACACAACGUGCUUUAAGACAGAUACUCAGAUAUUUUUUCCAGAUAUAUGUUUACCAGUGUGCAUUAUCAGAAAAAGAGGGGGGAGGGGGGGGGGGAGAAACAUAGUUUUAGCUUCAACAGGGCUGUCACGCAAGAUCUUGUGAGGGCAGAUGCUGGUAAUCUUGCCUUGUGCACAUUUGAUUGUUGAUCUAUACAAUUGUAAUUGUACAGUCAGAUCAUAGGUAUAUAUGGGAUAUACUUGUCAGUCAUUGAAAUUGAUAUUCUUGCCUAAAGCUUAAAGUUUGUCUUCCUGCUUAGAAAUUUGGGUUUUGACCGACAUGAAACUUGCUGUAUAUUUC